GCGGCGUCGGUGGCGAGCCGAGGUGGAGGCAGGCUGCGGCAGCGAAGGCGACAGUGGCGGCGGCGCCAUGGCAGGGCUUGCAGGAUCCCUGCUGCCUUGGUGAUCCCAGGCUGACAGCCAGAGAGCACAGCGGCUCAGCUCCUGGAGAGUGAGGGUUGAAGAAAGCGGAGGGCAGCUGCCUGCGCCCGCUGGCUCCCAUUGGGUCGGUUCCUGCAGCGGUGCCCGGUGGCCUUGGUGAAGGCCCUGCCCGGCAGAGAUCAUGUAUUGCCUCCAGUGGCUGCUGCCCGUCCUCCUCAUCCCCAAGCCCCUCAACCCCGCCCUGUGGUUUAGCCACUCCAUGUUCAUGGGCUUCUACCUGCUCAGCUUCCUCCUGGAGCGGAAGCCUUGCACGAUUUGUGCCUUGGUAUUCCUGGCAGCCCUGUUCCUCAUCUGCUAUAGCUGCUGGGGAAACUGUUUCCUGUACCACUGCUCUGAUUCCCCGCUUCCGGAAUCGGCGCACGACCCCGGCGUUGUGGGCACCUAACAGCCUGCCCGGUUAGCUUUCCAAGGAAGCAGAAGAUGGGAGGGGAGGCAUUGACAUAGGUCAUAAAGCAUUGGAGUUUCAAAUCCCGCAGCCCUGCGGGUGCCACAUUCCUGACGGCGCCUUUUUCGGCCUGUGAUGUUUUAUCCUUAUAAUGUGAAUAAUGGCACUGACCGGUGCUUUUAUUGUAGAGUCCUAUAGUCGUGGGUGGUCUUGUGAUUGUGUGUGUUCUGUCCCCAUCUCAGUUCCUCCCUCUGCUCCCCAAGGCUGGCAGGAUGGCUCCCCAAGGCUGUACCCAUCCUACUCAACCGUCCCAGCAUGACCUGGGCAGAUAAAAUGCCAGUCUCAUCACCUCUGUGGGCCCUCCUCAUCAGGGUCUCUUCCCUUCCCAGAAUGUUACCAACUCCUCAGUCCCUCUCCUGGUUUCCCUUUAGUUCUCUUCUGCCCUUUUCCUUUUUGGGGGAGCACCUGUCCAAGACAGGGCUUGUUUUUGCACUUAUCUCGAAUUUAAAGAGAUUGCUGACGCCCGAGAGCCUCGCUUUUUCAUCCCCCUCGCCCCGGUCAGCAGGCUGGACAGAAACGUGUCUUGGCUGUUUGUUGUCCACAGACCUCCAGUAUUUUCUCCACUUCAUUUUUAAGAAAGAAGUGACAGAUACUUGUUGCUCUUUCACCUGGGUGUCUGGGCUCAUGCUUAUCAGCCCAGCCUCACUUUCUUUGCCCUUCUUCCUGCCUUUCUCAGCUGUCCCAGGGAGGGGGGCCUCAUUGUGUCUCCCGUGCAUGCUCUGCAGGAUUGAGGUGCAGUGUGUCCACGUAGAUCUAGCAGUCCCCAGCUGAGUGAGUGGAAGAGUACUUGUGUGUGUUUUCAUAACAGCCAUGAUUCCCUUGAUAGGUGUUUGAAUAUAUUUUGGUGUGCCGUGAGUGUGUGUGUAUGUGUGUGUACGUGUAUAAAUACAUGUGUAUAUUCCUUUUAAAGAAGCUUUAUCGAACGUGUUCUGAUUUUGAGGUUUAGCAAUAGCUAGCUAUAGUAGGUGCCGCUACAGUUUUUAUUUAGCAUGGAGAUUGCAGGGUCACCAGCACACUGGACUCCAACGUGGUUCAGACAAGACAGAGGGGAGCGGUGGCCAUCGUCCUCGUGCCAGGAGCUCCUUCAGUCCUGCGCAUAUAGACUGUACGUUACGAAGAAUACACAGGAAGACUUUGUGACUUGUCACUUGCUUUUUGCUUUUUCUGCGCUUCAGUAACAAGUGUUGGCAAACGAGACUUUGUCCUGGCCCCUGCCCACCGGGGACUGACAUGGGUGUCCGUCCAGUCUAAAUCAUCCAUCUUUCUCUUGCCUGAGUGGGGAGGGCGGUGGGCCAGGCAGAGGACAGAACUGGAGGCAGUCCAUCUAGGGAAUGGGACCGUGUGGCCACACUUGUGGAACAUUUGGACUGCUAUUCUGGAGCUUUUAUUUCUGGUGUGUUCAUUGCACAGCUGUUUGAAAUGUUUAAUAAAGCUUUAUAAACUUUA